AUGCAGGACGACUUGGACACCCUUCGCCAGUACGUACACGACAGGGUCGGACGCCACUCCCAAGCGAGGGAGGCCAAGAUCUUGGAGAUGUUCAAGGCCGCGAAGCUGACGGACUUCGUGUUCAUGAAAAGCAAGAAGUACUCCGAUGACACCAUUCGCAGCCUCAAGGUGCUCCCGUUCGUCAAGAGCAAGAUGGUCAAGGGGCUUUUGAAGGAGAAGGAAGACUACUACAUGGCGGCCAGUGACACAGAUAUCGAGUACGGCCACAUGGCGUUCUGGAAGGACAACGAGAAAAGGCUGCCUACGUGGCACGCCUUGGUGUUGGAUGUUGCUCUUUUGCAACCAUCCUCUGCAUUCAUGGAACGAGUGUUUUCCAUCCUGCCGUGUUGCUUUAAUGAACGGCAGGAGCACGUGUACAGCGACCGUAUUUGCGCUUCCGCACUGCUCAAGUACAACAGGGGCCGGGCCCAGAAUAGCAGCUCAGCAGAGAAGACGGGUAGCGCCGAAGAUGCCAACAGCGGCGGCGGUAGCGACCAGGGUGAUGGCAGCGAUGAAGAAAGCGACUGAUGGCCUGUGUUUCACUUUCGUGUAGAUGCCUUACUUGUUCGUAGUUGGUGGGUCAGUACCUGUCCAGAUUUGUUUGUUUUUGCCCGGACGUGAGCGUACAUGCCAUGCGUAACGUCGAAGUAUCGAAGCAUCAUAGUAUUCCAUUUCGUUGUUGAUUUGUUUGAUAAGUGAGGGCUCGGAAUAUUGCAUGUACACACCAGCGUAACAUGCAAGAUGUAGUUUGUAGAAAAAUAAGAGAAGGACGAAGGACACAUCAUUUCGCUUUUCGC